CAGCUCCAAAUCAAGAAUUUAGAUUGAUUAUUGUGAGAAGGAAAAAGAAGACAUGUUUUUGGUCGCUUCGCGGCCGGAAAUUCCAUUUUUGCAGGAGCAGGCGGUCCCCCGUGCUCGAAUACCGACAAAGGAAGCGCUUGACGAAACCAUGAACCGUUUUUCGCACGGCUGAAAACGAGAGCCGGAGAGAGAGAGUAGGUAGCCUUGAAACCACUUCUUUUUUCAACAUAGAAAUAUUUGGGGUUAGGUAUGCUGCGAAAGAAGAAUACAACGAAGUCGAGUUGACGGUAAAAUAACAAAACAUAAACAAAGUGUAAACUGGCUUUGCUGAGCGUUUCUUGUGUACACAUUAGCUUUUUCCUUUUAUCUCCUACCAAACUACUGUGGGAACAAUUCGAAGUGGUUCUGAGUGUUUAUCAGGAUCAGCAAUUUUUCGAUGGUUGUAACAUUAAUAUCGUUCUUUUUGUUUUCUUCUUCAAUAUCCCGCUCCGGGGGAUUUGAAUACAUUUGUAGGAAGCGCUCGUUAUCCGGGUCAUCCGAUAGUAGUAGCGAUGAACGGCAUCAGCAUAGGAAGAAGAGCUCCAAAAGCCGGAAGCUGACAGAGGUUGAACGGCUAGCCGAGAUGGAGAGACAACGAAGACAGAAAGAAGCCGAACAGAAGAUGAUUGAGGAAGAAGCCGCUAAACGGAUUGAACUGUUGGUAAAAAAGCGGGUAGAGGAAGAGCUCGAGAAGCGCAAGGACGAGAUCGAGACGGAAGUACAGAGGCGGGUGGAAGCCGCCAAGAAGCAAAUGGAGCAGGAAAUGAUGCUCGAGCUGGAGAAACGUCGCGAGCAAGCCCGCGAAGAAGAACGCAGGCGAGAGGAGGAAGAGCUUAAAAAGCGUCAGGAGCUCGAAAAUAUUAUCGCCGAGAACAAUCGGAAAAUAGAAGAGGCCCAGCGUAAAUUGGCCGAAGAAAGACUGGCGAUAAUUGAAGAGCAAAGAAAAAUGGACGAAGAACGUCAAAAGAUGCGCAAAGAGCAAGAGAAGCGUGUCAAGGAAGAACAGAGAAUGAUUCUGGGUAAAAACAAUUCUCGACCCAAGCUAUCGUUUUCGCUAAAACCAUGAACAGGUGUGUGUGUGUGGGUGGGUUUACUGAUAACAGUGAAAAAGUGAGACAGCGCCAUGUGUUUUGUCUGGUCUGUGCGGUGAAACGAGAGGGUACCGGAUUGUGGGUGCAGACGUACAUUUCCUUUCAAUGUAUAAAUUACUAAACACUAGUUCAUAGAUUUGCUAGCUAGUAAUUCACGCGCAGCGGAUGGUACAAUAUUGUAAAUCACGUAUCGUGAUGUUUAUGAAAGUCACCUUUCGGUAGAUUUCUCUCCACUGGAGGGGACCUUGAUCUUCCUGCAAUAUUUAUAAUCUUUUUGUUGUGAUAAUGCUAUUGUUAAAGAGUACACCGUUUUUUUGAACUGAUAUUCUGUAAAGACUGUAAGCAUGGGUAAUCUUUAACGAUAGCAGAUCGCAUUUUAAAAAAAUGUACAGAAUCCCGUCUGGGUAUGUUCUAUUUUUUGUUUAUCAAUGGUGUAUUUGAUUAAUAAUUAGGCUAGACUCAUGAUCGGUUGUUUUUAUGAAAAUAAUAAAAACGAAUAUUAAAGACUCAAAGAA